AUGCGCCCUACCACCAGCUUCGUUGAUGCUCUCAAGGGCUAUUGGGAGCGCAUCGAAGACAAAGUCGAAAAUAGACUCAAGAACUGUCACCCGAACAAGCGAAACCAUUUUAUGGACUUGCAGGCCGAAGUCAAGGAGGCCCUGGAAGUGGAUGUCUGGCCGCGCUGGGAGCUGGAAACGACGCGUGGAAGCCAAGCGGAUGAUGAGGGAUCGACAGAAGAAGAGGAUGAAGUGAGAAGGCAAGCCAAGGCCAAGAAGAAAGCCGAAAAGGAAGCCGGCCGAAAGUCGCGGCUAGACGGUGAAGCGGGGCCUUCGACCAAGAAACAAGACAAAGAAAAGAAGAAGGCGGGCAAGCAACCGGAACUUGAUGAGGCGGUAACAAAAGAGAAGAAAAAGCUGACGACCCUCGAACGGGAACCCUCGCCCGAUCCGUCGGCAGUCAAGCGCGCACGCCGCAGCCCAUCAGCCACUCCGAUGCUCGAAAUCGUCGAGGCUUCGCCGGAAGAGAUGCCAGACCCGCCGCAGAAAGACGCCGAAGAACCGCAACAAGCUGCCCAAGAAGAAGCGCCGGUGGAGACGCCCAAGUUCGGGGGCUGGAUUCCUAACAUCAUGGAAUUUCUGGCUUGGGAAAAGCCGCCACCGAAACCCUACAAACGCAUCGACCCAAAAACGCUGGGACUCGACCCGGAUCUGCUGUUAGAGGACGAGGAGGAAGACAACAAGCCCUAUAACUGUCGCACCGUCGUCUCGAUCCGCCAUCGUGAUCGGCUGCUUAGUCGACGACUAUGGUCCACUCUCCCCGAUCUGCCGAUCCCCGAACCUGGCGAGACGCUGAUCACAAAGUGGGAUUCUUGCGGCAUCGCGCUGGGCUAUGAGCCGUCAUUCAUCAAGCGCAUCGCGCGCGCUGAGCUCGGCCCGUUCGUUACCGUCGAAUAUGGCGAUCGCCAAGACGUGCAGCUGAUCCCCGCCGAGUUCCUGCUCAUGACGCGCCCCGAUCUCCACUAUCAAGUCAAGCAGCGCCUCAAGACCCUCCCGGCCACGAUCAACACGCUGGCCACCGAGAUUCAAUGGCGGUUGCCUGGCCUUGAAUUGCUAAAAUUU